CGAUCCUGUUUUAAUGUACAGAUUUUAAUGAUGGCUAGUUUGAAUCUACGUACUUCAGCGCAUGCCGCAAUUGUGCGCAUUGGCAAAAUGACUGAAGCAGCUAAUUACGAUCCGGACAGUAUGGAGUGCGAUGUGAUUCGCGCACAGUUGGACAAACAUUUUGAAAGGUUUAUGGAGUAUCAUACGGACCUGGUGUCUUCAGCACAAUCCAGCGAAUUGACCACACAUGACGACUUCUUGGCUGCUACGGAGUUACUCUACACGCAAAUAUGUAUUCGACUACGUCGUAUAUGUGGCGCUGGUGAAGGUGGUAUUUGUGUGGCGAAUCAAUUGGACAUGCGAUUAGAUCCAAUUAAGAUUCCUGUUUUCAAUGGUGAUCCAGCGAAUUGGCUGCCUUUCAAAGAUUUGUUCGAGGCACUAGUUCACAAUCGGAAGGAUCUGAAUUCCAGUUACAAAUUAAGCAAGUUACGCCAACAUGUCAAUGCAGACAGCGUACCAUUGGUCGGUGGACUUUAUACAGGCGGCUAUGAGGACAUGUGGCAGGAGAUGAAACGGCGGUUUGAUAAUCCACGUUUGUUAGUGGAAUCCCACGUGCAGCGUAUACUGAAUUUGCCCAACCAACCCACCGAAUCCCAGAAGGGCUUGCUUCGACUAGUUGACACCGUCCAAAAUGUGAUGCGAGCUUUAAGCGUUAUGGGUCUUCCGGUAAAUCAUUGGGACGCCCUCUUGGUGCCACUUUUGCUACCUAAAUUGCCCACAAUCACCAGGUAUGAGUGGGGGAUGAGCCUUCAGACGAACAACAUACCAAUGUCUCAGGAUUUUUUGACAUUUAUUGAGAAGCGUGCCAACAAUUUGCCUCAAGGAGCUACGAACAGUACAUCAACUCUUCAUCAGAGACCAACCCGUCCCGUUAAGGCUAACGUUGCAACGGUAAACUCAUCUCAGCCGUUACAUUCAGUGAAAGGGAUUACGGUUUUUUGCCAACUUUGCGCUAACGGACACCGAAUACACAAGUGUCAACGGUUCGUUAAUCUUUCCAUACCGGAACGGUGGGAUACAGUUAAGCGGCUUUCAUUAUGUUUUAACUGCCUUGGAAGUGAUCAUGGAUCUCGUGAUUGUACAUCGCGGGAUUGCUUAAGGUGUCAUCAUCGCCAUCAUACGAUGCUUUGCAAAAGCAACGUUGCGAAUAAUUCACCGGCUACGGAGGAAGACACCAACAGUCACAUAAUCGAUCGGAAUAUAUCCGUGGACACACCUUCAACACAGGUGCCACAGGUAUACCCACGACAGCAGUGACUUUUGAGGAAGGUCCGGUCAUUUCUCAUUAAUGGAGACCGGACCAUUUUACUAGCGACUGCGAAGGUCAUCCUGACUGAUCACAAUGGAGGACAAUUCGCGUGUCGUGCUCUCUGCGACCUGGGCUCUUAGGUGAGUCUGAUUACCGAUGCUACUACAAAACGUAUGUGUCUUCGUAGGCGUCCAGGGGAGAUACGAAUUGAAGGAGUUGGUUCUAGCGCUGCAGUCUACAGUAAGGGUCAUAUAACAGUACAGAUGCAGGCUGCCUUUGACAACAACAUUAACUUCAAACUCGAGGCUUAUGUCGUCCCGACAAUAACCUCAGUAACGCCAGAUACGCAUAUAGACGCAGAAGCUUGGAGCCAUUUAAAAGAUUUACCACUAGCUGACCCAACGUUUGCCACUCCAAGUCCGGUGGAUCUGCUACUUGGUGCUGACGUACUAACGGGUCUCUUUCAGGAGGGUUUCAUCCAGGGUUCUCCAGAGCAACUUUGCGCUUUAAACACUCGUCUUGGUUGGGUAGUAUUUGGACCAGUCACAAGUUCUGCUCACUCCACUUUACACACAUCUCUUACUGCGAAAUGCGUCAACGAACAACGACUAGACACGUUACUUAGAAGCUUCUGGGAACUCGAAGAGCCCAUACCAUCAUCCGAAAUACACGUGGAUGACUGUGAGACGAUCUUCAACGACACAGUUACCCGUACCUCAGACGGCAGGUACCAGGUGCAAAUUUUAUUUCGACCAGAUGCUCCUGCUCUUGGAGAAUCUCAUCAAUCGGCAGUCCGCCAGUUUCUACAACUCGAGCGGCGGUUGAUGAACGAUCCCUGUCUUCGUGAGCAGUACAUUACAUUUAUGCGCGAAUACAUUGCUCUCGAUCACAUGGAGGUUAGCAAGCAAGCUUUCACCAAUAAAGAAAAUGGUUACUUCAUACCUCAUCAUGCGGUAACCACAAAAUUUCGCGUAGUUUUCAACGCUUCAGCGAAGACAUCGAAUGGGACAUCCUUAAACGAUACUCAGUUUUCUGGACCACAACUACAUGCCAAUAUUGUCGACAUCCUUCACCGUUUUCGCAAAUGCAAGGUAGCCAUCACUGCAGACAUACAGAAGAUGUUUCGACAAAUCCUGGUAGACAGACGACAUCGUAAAUGGCAACAAAUACUUUGGCGUGAAUUGCCAAAUGAACCUCUUCAAGUGUACGAAUUGAAGACGGUAACUUAUGGAAUGGCUUGUAGUCCAUUCAACGCAAUACGCGCACUGCGUCAAUGUGCGAAUGACAAUUAUGAAGUCAUCUAUGACCCAAGCCGGGCUGCCGCAGCGCGUCAUAGCAUACUUUAUAAUUUCUACGUUGAUGACUAUUUGGAUAGCGUCGACAGCGAUGAACUUGCUAUUACCCGUGCUCAAGAUGUAGCGACUAUUUUGAAACAAGGACAAUUAAUAUUGGGAAAGUGGAAUUCCAAUUCUACACACGUAUUAUCUGCGAUAACCGGUACAACACUUUCUGCAUCCGAACUAGAGUUGAACAACUCAACAACAAAGGUAUUGGGUCUUUACUGGGAUCCAGUUAGCGACGAGCUCUUCUUCAAGGUAGGCUUAGUUGACGACACUUCAAUGCAUACCAAGCGAAAGGUUUUGAGUGACGUGGCGAAAUUAUAUGAUCCAACUGGGGUAUUGGCACCCGUGGUCGUGGUGGCCAAACUAUUCAUACAGGACUUAUGGAAGGCUGGUCUCCCAUGGGACGCUGAACUUCCUCCAGAACUACUCAGUUCAUGGGUCUUAUUCCGCAACAGUUUGCAAGAUAUUACACGACUUCGUAUUCCUCGUUGGCUAGGUAUACGAGUGGGCUCUUUGGUGCAUUUACACGGCUUUUGCGAUGCUAGUCGUAAAGCGUAUGCAGCAGUCAUAUAUGUUCAAACGAUCGAUAAAGGUGGUACAUCACGCACAGCUCUUGUUUCAGCGAAGACGAAGAUAGCACCAAUUAAGGAUGUGACGAUACCACGCCUCGAACUGUGUGGUGCUCAUCUUCUAACCAAGGCGAUGGACAACGUACGUCAAGCCUUAGGCCUACAGGACGCCCCAUGUACAUAUUGGAGUGAUUCCACUAUUGUUUUAUGCUGGAUACGCAAACCACCAUCCACGUUCAAACAAUAUGUAUCCAAUCGGGUAGCUUACAUCCAAGCCAAUUCAGACAUUAACGCUUGGAAGCACAUUCGCUCGGAAUCAAAUCCAGCCGACUGUGCAAGCAGAGGCCUAUCUCCCGCCGUCUUAGCAGAUCAUCACCUUUGGUGGACCGGACCGACGUGCAUUCACCAAAGCGUGGGGGAAAUGCGCUUACCUUCUUUGACGGAGGAGGAGGAGCACCUCUCCAUUGCUGAAUCUCGUGUGGUAUCCAUCUUCGUUUCUAGAGCUAAUUACCAGUGGAUUAUGACAUCCACGAAAGACAACAGGAUACCUCUCAUAGAGAAAUUUAGCAAAUUGAGUCGUUUACUUAACACCACUGUUUGGUUAAGGCGAUGGUUACCGAAAUAUCGCGGUUACAGGAACGAUAUAGUUUCUGUCGCAGAUCAGCACUGGGCUUUACUUCUGCAUAUUCGACAAGCACAAGGUAAUCAUUUUAAACAAGAAAUUAAGGCUCUUGAAUUGCAUUCCAGAAUUGCGGGUCGCAGUGAAAUCUUAGCACUCAAUCCUUUCUUGGAUGCAGACGGCAUACUGAGAGUAGGUGGUCGACUCGCAAACUCCGACUUAAGUGAAGAUCAGCGACAUCAAACUAUAAUUCCGCGUGGGGCCCUGGCUUAUUUACUAGUCGCUGAUGCUCAUACACGUUGCUUACAUGGUGGUAUACAACAAAUGCUUCAGUUUCUUAGACAACGUUUCUGGCUUAUAGGCGCACGGGCGCAAGUAAAGUCUUUCAUCUGGGCCUGCACUACAUGUCGUAGGCAUCUUCAAAUUAUACAACGUCAACAAAUGGCUUCGCUCCCGAAAGAACGUGUACUAGUGGCCCCACCAUUCUCUCGUAGUGGCUUGGAUUACUGCGGGCCAUUCCAUGUACGUGUGGGAACGCAUCGCGCUACCCCGACUACAAAAACCUAUGCUGCCAUAUUUAUUUGUAUGGCGUCACGAGCGGUUCACAUUGAGCUGGCAGAGGACUUGAGUACACAGGCAUUUAUAGAUGUUUACGAUCGUUUUAUUAGUCGACGGGGUAUCUGUACCACCUUAUACAGUGAUAAUGGAACACAAUUUGUAGGGGCUAAUCGUCAAAUGCAGGAAGACUUAAAGGCUUGGGUAACAGCACAUGCUCAACAACAUCUGGCAGCUGAAGGUACAUGUUGGAAGUUCAUAACACCUUCCGCACCUCAUCACGGUGGUCUAUGGGAGGCAGCAGUUCGUUCAGCUAAAAAGCAUCUGCUGAGGAUAAUGGGCAGCCAGACGUUGCGUUACACUGAAUUGUCUACUCUCCUGACUCGCAUCGAGGCGUGUCUAAAUUCGAGACCACUGAUAGCUCUCUACGAUGAUCCUGAAGGAGGGAUAGCUCUAACACCGGGUGACUUCCUGAUCGGACGACCACUCAAUUGUCGUCCAGAUCCUCCAUUGCCUGAAGCUCCAGAAAAUCGUCUUCGAUAUUGGCAACGCCUCCAGAAAAUGUUGGAGCAUUUUUGGCGCCGCUGGCAAUCCGAAUAUCUAAACACUCUUCAGACCCGGAACAAAUGGACUAGAUCGGAACCCAAUGUUCAGCGUGGAGAUGUAGUUCUUAUACGUAGUGAAAAUUUGCCACCAUCGGUUUGGCGUAUGGGACGGGUGAUUGACGUUCACCCGGGCAGUGAUGGGUUGGUGCGUACCGUGACGAUAGAGUACAAUACCAACCAGACAUCAUCAAAUGGACUUCCUAUUAAGCAGCGGUGUCAGCGACCGGUGCAGAAGUUAUGCCGCCUAACAGGUCCUACAGAAGAAUUACUGAACCGCGAGGGUUCAGCCGGGCAGGAUGUUCAAGAUUUAAGUUCUUUAAAAUGCAGUCCUGCGCAUAAUUAGUAAGGACACAAACCAAUACCAGUCAGCUGAUUGCUGAAUGCUGAAUGAUCAAUAUAAUUGUAUCCUCUUUUUAGCGUUGUAUUCGUAGACUAGUAGUUUCACUCUAGCUUAGUGAAUGUAAAUGUAAUUUUACCAUAUUUCAACUAUAGACAUACCUAUAUGUAUGUAGAUAUGUAUCAUGUGGCGUGAUGCUACAAUCCGUUAACCAAAUAUGUAUUUAAUGAGAAACUCAAUAAAGAAGCGGCCUAUUUCGUGACAGACUGGUGUAGCAAUCAUACGAGCUUUUCA